AUGAAUGAUAAAAUUAGAACACUUCUAAUAGAACACGGACCAGAACAAGGUAAAAAUUCAGAUUUUUCCUAUUCGGAAAAUUUUCAGCAAAGAAAAUUUUCAGCAGAUUGGUUUUUUAAAACACUCCCAAAUGGAGAUAAAAUUGAACGAAAUCCUAAAACCGGAUUUAAUGAUUGGAGAAAACUUAGUCCGAGAAUUCCUGACCACGAAAACACAUUUGAUCAUAAAUCUAAUGUCUUUACAUGGAAAAGUUUUGAAAAACGUUUAAGAGAAGGGAAAACAAUCGAUAAAGAAUUACAAAAAGAAAGUUCCAGUAAUGAUAUUACUAAGUCUAAUUGUUGCAUUUUUUUAAACUUGAUUGAACUAAUAAGUAGUUACAACCCUAUUAUUGCGCAACAUUUAUCAAAUUCCAAUAGAAGAACUACUUAUUUAUCAAACAAAGUUCAAAAUGAGUUCAUUUGCUUACUUGGUAAUUCUGUCAGAGGAAAAAUAAUUUCUAAUAUCAAAGAAGCUAAAUAUUAUUCUAUAAUUUUUGAUUCAACGCCCGACAUUUCACAUAAAGAACAAAUGACUCAAAUUGUUCGUUAUGUAGCUGAAUCCAAUGAUAAAUAUAUAAUUGAGGAAAGUUUUAUCGAUUUUAUAACUACAACUAAAAAAACAGGGCAAGGGUUAGCUGAAGAAAUUUUAAAAAAACUUUCCGAAGAUGGAUUAGAAUUUAAAAAUUGCCGUGGUCAAGGUUACGACAAUGGUGCCAACAUGUCUGGAAAAAUUAAAGGUGUCCUAUCUCGAUUACAGGAAAUAAAUAAAUAUGCACAAUAUGUCCUUGUACCGCGCAUAGUCUAA